GUAAAAAGGGCACCGGCUUUUCCCCCUGCCAAUGCCUAGCACAGGGUUGGGCACACAGUAGGUCCUCAAGACCUACUUUGAUGGCAGUGGACCAGAUCUAUCUACGUAUUUAGGCCUCAGCAGAACUCUGUGAUGGCAGGUUACGGACAAGCAGAGAGAAAUGAGCAGCUCGAGAGUGAUCGCUCGGCUCGUUUGUUCAUUUCUUCUUCAGUCAACAUUUGUCGAGGAGCUAUGGUGUGCCACUGUUUUAUGCACCAGGACUGCCUUGAUGAACAAACAGACCAAAACCUCUGGUCCUGUGAACCAAGCUAGGGCAGACCUUGGCGUGGGAUGGGGGGCGGUGGUCCAGCCAGCAGCACGUUGCUUUCUACCCACCCCUCCCUCCCCGGGGCACUGCACCUACGGUUUACAAAGCACUCCCACCUGCCUGCUCCUGGGGACAGGCCUUCAUCCCCUAAUCCGACUCCAUCCUCUCCUGGUUCCUAGGACAGUGUCUGCCCCAAACAUCACCCACGGUCAGGAGCGUGGCGGGCUUGUACCCUUGGGUGACUUAAUGUGUCCUUUGCCCACUCUGCCCAAGACCCACCACUUCUGCCCCUCUCAGCUCUCUCUGGAUCCACUGGGUCCCGCGUGGGACUGCCCGCUGGCCUCCAAGGACCUGGAGGAAGAGGAGGGCCCAUGGGGAGGAGGCGCUGGCCUGCCACCCCCAGGCUGCUUCUCUGGCUCCUGGCGCCAUGACGUGGGCCUGGACUGCAAGGGCUCCCUCGAGGAAGCGGAGGCCCGGGCGUGGACCGUCUACCACUAUAGCCUCCUCCAGAGCUGUCUUCAGCAAGCUGGCCUGCCGGAGACCCAGGACCGCAGCCAGGUGCCCCGCACAGGCUGCCCUGGUGCGGAGGUGACCUUAUGCAUUCUGGGAUCCCCCAGCACCUUUCUGUCCGUGCUGCUGGAAGGAGGGGUCCAGAGCCCGGGAAACAUGCUCCUUUGCCUGUCCCCUGCUUGGCUGACGAAGGUGCCAGCACCUGGGCAGCCGGGCGAGUCGGCCCUGCUGGUCUCCAAGGCCGUGAGCUUCUACCCGGGGGGCUUGACAUUCCUGGAUGACUUUGUCCCCCCACGCCGAGCCACCUACUUCCUGGCGGGCCUGGGGCUGGGACCUGGCCGGGGUCGAGAGGCAGCUGAACUUGCCCGUGACCUGACCUGCCCCACAGGAGCCUCAGCUGAGCUGGCCCGGCUGCUGGAAGACAGGCUGCUGACCAGGAGAUUGCUGGCUCAGCAGGGUGGCGUGGCUGUGCCAGCUACCCUGGCUUUCACCUACAAGCCACCAGCACUGCUGCGGGUAGGGGAUGCCAGCCCAGGACUACGGCUGGUGGAGCUGAGUGGCAAAGAGGGCCAGGAGACACUGGUGAAGGAGGAAGUAGAGGCCUUUCUGCACUCCGAGGCCUUGGGUGAUGCCCUGCAGGUGGCCGUGAAGCUCAGUGGCUGGCGCUGGCGGGGGCGGCAGGCACUGCGUCUGUACUCGCAAAAGGAGCUGGGCACAGUGGUCGACAUGGUGCUGGCAUUGCUGGAGAAACUGGAGGAGGAGGAGAGUGUCCUGGUGGAGGCUGUGUGCCCACCUGCCCAGCUGCCCUUCCCAGGCAGUCCCCCACCUGGCCCUGAGCUGGCUGUGCGGAUCUGUGCUGUGGUAUGUCGGACACAGGGUGACAGGCCCUUGCUGAGCAAGGUGGUGUGCAGUGUGGGCCGUGAGGACCGGCCUCUGCGGCACCGGAGCUCCUUGCCACAGACGCUGGAGGUGGCACUGGCCCGGUGCGGCCUGGGUGAAGCGACGCAGGUGGCGGUCGUGCGGCGGCGCGUCAAGGCAGCGGCCGAGGCCGCGCUGGCCGCCGUGCUGGCCCUGGAGGCCGGCCUGAGCGCUGAGCAGCGCGGCGGGCGCCGGGCCCGCACUGACUUCCUCGGCGUAGACUUCGCGCUGACUGUGGCAGACCGCGCGCUGACCCCCGUAGCCCUGGAGCUGAACUGCGGCCUGUGUCUGGAGGCGUGCGGUGCGCUCGAGGGGCUGUGGGCCGCGCAGCGCUCGCAGCCGGCGGCCCGGGAGGCCGCGGCCGCGCCGCUCGUGGAGACCAUGCUGCGACGCUCGGCGCACUGCCUCAUGGAGGGCAAGCAGCUGCUGCUGAUCGGCGCGGGCGGCGUCAGCAAGAAGUUCGUGUGGGAGGCGGCGCGCGACUACGGGCUCAAGCUGCACCUAGUGGAGUCGGAUCCCAACCACUUUGCAUCCCAACUGGUGCAGACUUUCAUCCACUUUGAUGUGACAGAGCACCGGAGGGACGAAGAGAAUGCGCGGCUGCUGGCGGAACUGGUGCGGGCACGUGGCCUGCAGCUCGAUGGCUGCUUCUCCUACUGGGACGACUGCCUAGUACUCACGGCCUUGCUCUGCCAGGAGCUGGGUCUGCCCUGCAGCCCCCCGGCUGCCAUGCGCCUGGCCAAGCAGAAGAGCUGCACCCAGCUGCACCUGUUGCGCUGCCAUGGCCCACCCUGGCCCGCGCCCUCCCUCCAUGCCGUGCCCUGCUGCCCGCUGGAGAGUGAGGCCGAUGUGGAGAGGGCCGUCCACCAGGUGCCCCUGCCGGGUGUCAUGAAGCUGGAGUUUGGGGCAGGCGCAGUGGGUGUGCGGCUGGUGGAGGACGCACCGCAGUGCCACGAACACUUUUCCCGGAUCACCCGCGACCUGCAGGGUGAGGCUGACCACCCCGGCAUCGGGCUGGGCUGGGGGAAUGCCAUGCUGCUGAUGGAGUUCAUUGAGGGCACCGAGCACGAUGUGGAUCUGGUGGUCUAUGGUGGGCGACUGUUGGCCGCCUUCGUCUCCGACAAUGGCCCCACGAGGCUGCCUGGCUUCACUGAGACGGCGGCCUGCAUGCCCACUGGGCUGGCACCGGAGCAGGAGGCACAGCUGGUGCAGGCAGCCUUCCGCUGUUGCCUGGGCUGCGGGCUGCUGGAUGGGGUCUUCAACGUGGAGCUCAAGCUCACCAGGGCCGGGCCGAAACUCAUCGAGAUCAACCCUCGGAUGGGUGGCUUCUACCUGAGAGACUGGAUCCUGGAGCUCUAUGGUGUGGACCUGCUGCUGGCUGCAGCUAUGGUGGCCUGUGGCCUGCGGCCUGCCUUGCCCAGCCACCCACGUGCCCGUGGCCACCUGGUGGGCGUCAUGUGCCUGGCUUCCCAGCACCUUCAGACUCUGAGUUCCACCGCCAGCCGUGAGACCCUGCAGGCUCUUCAUGACCAAGGCCUGCUGCGCUUCAAUUUGCUGGAGGAGGUCCUGGUGCCUGGUGAAUACGAGGAGCCCUACUGCAGUGUGGCUUGUGCUGGGCCCAGCCUGGCUGAGGCUCGUCUCCGCCUGCUGGGCCUCUGCCAGGGUCUGGGCAUCGAUGGGCCCCACUACCCUGUUGCCCACUUCCUGUCCCACUUCAAAUAGUGCCUCUCUUCCUAUAGCCCUGCCCCAAUUCUGGUCUGGCUCACUCGGAGGCCUCAGGUCUGUUCCAGAGUGGCAGGGCCAUUUGACAUUAAGGCAUCCUGGCUUGAGGGCCACAAAAGAAAGUAUCUUGGGGGGGCCGCUGGCCCCUUUUGCUGUUAGUUCAGCCCAAAGGCCCCAAUCCUGUCCCAAGACUCUAGCCGUGGAGAAGCAACAGCAGCUGCACACACACACACACACGCACGCACACCUGCCCCAGGGAGAUGAGAGAGGCCCAAACUUAGCCCAUCCUUGUCAUCCCUCCAGGUCUGCCUGUCUUCCUGCAGCCUACAGGAAGACAGACGCUGGCUGGCCCCUGGCCUUGGACAAAUCCUAUGAAAACCUGAGACUAAACCCUGUCCUCUUCCUCUCACCCCUCACUUAGCAAAUUCCAGGAUCUCUCUAGAGCCUGCUGACAACUUUCGGCAGUGCCCGGCCUGCCUCAUUUGGCCUGAGCGGUAGAAACAGGUGGCCUGGGGUCAGCAGUAACCAUCUCCUCUCCAGGCAGACACUACUGCCCCAUUCUACAGAUGAGGAAACAGGCCCAGGGAGGAACAACCAUUGCCUCAAGGUCAUACCACAGUAGAUAGAGGAUCAAGGGACGAGAUACAAAAUUCAGGUUUCCACUUCUACUAAGCCUCAUGUGCCCACUCAGCUUCUAAACCCCACUCACCUCCCCGCCCUCACUCGUAUGUGGCCGUAAGACGAGCGAACGCCUUCUCCCAUGCAGCAUGCACCUUCUCCACCAAGCUUUGGUGCUUUGGCCUCUGGCAUAACUAGCAUUGGCAGAGGAGAGUCUACACUCCCUUCCUAAUUCAGGGGAGGCUGUUUUAAUAACUCUGCCUCUGUACAGCACAGGAGCUGUGGCCAGCUCCACAAGCAUCCCUCUCCAAAUAAAGGCUUCUAGACUAA